AUGCACCGGCUGACCCUGCACUGGGUAACCCCCACACCGGGUAACCCCCACACCGGCGCCAUUGCCCCCUGGGGCUGGACCCUGGACCCCUCCGGAGACUGGUACUACUGGUGGAUCAGCAUCAUGGCACUGCCCAUCCUCUACAACUGGAUCAUCCUCAUCUGCAGGUCCUGCUUCCCCGACCUGCAGGAGCAGCACACGGUGCUGUGGCUGAGCCUGGACUACCUCAGCGACACGCUCUACCUGCUGGACAUCGCCGUGCGCCUCCACACCGGCUUCCUGGAGGACGGCAUCCUGGUGCGGGACCGUGGCCGGAUCCGGCGGCGCUACCUGCGCUCCACAUCCUUCCCCUGGGACGUGGCCGCGGUGCUGCCCACCGACCUGCUCUACCUGCGCCUGGGCCCGGGGGUGCCGGCGGUGCGUGCUAACCGCUGCCUGCGGGUGCCGCGGCUCUUCGAGGCCUUCGACCGCCGGGAGACGCGCACGGCCCACCCCAACGCCUUCCGUGUCGCCAAGCUGAUGCUCUACGUCUUCGUCACCAUCCACUGGCACGGCUGCCUCUACUUCGCCCUCUCGUCCUGGCUGGGGCUGGGCGCCGAUGCCUGGGUCUGCCCCAACGCCAGCCGCCCCGGCUUCGCCCGCCCGCUGCGGCAGUACCUCCACAGCUUCUACUUCUCCACCCUCAUCCUCGCCACCGUGGGCGACACGCCGGAGCCCCAGCGCGAGGAGGAGUUCCUCUUCGUCACCGCCGGCUUCCUCCUGGCCGUGCUGGGCUUCGCCACCAUAACGGGCAGCAUCAGCUCCGUCAUCUCCAACAGGAACGCGGCCGACGCCGCCUUCUACCCCGACCCCGAGCCGGUGCGGCGCUACCUGCGGGCGCGGGGCGCGGGCGGGUGGUUGGCACGGCGGGUGGCCCGCUGGCACCAGCACCUGCGGGCGCAGAGGAAGCUGCCGGCGGAGCAGGCGGUGCUGCAGCACCUUCCGCGGGGGCUGCGGGCCGAGGUGGCGGCCAGCGUCCACCUCCCGGCCCUGCGCCGCGUCGGCCUCUUCCAGAGCUGGGAGCGUGGCGUGCUGCAGCAGCUGGUGCUGCGGCUGCGGCCCCAGGUCUUCGGCCCCGGCGAGUUCGUCUGCCGCAGGGGCGAUGUGGGCCGCGAGAUGUACUUCGUCCGUGAGGGGCGGCUGGCCGUGGUGGCGGAGGACGGCAUCACGCAGCUCGCCGUCCUGGGUGAGGGGCUCUACUUCGGGGAGAUCAGCCUCAUCAACAUCAAAGGAAACACCUCAGGGAACCGGCGCACAGCCAACAUCAUGAGCAUCGGCUACUCGGACCUCUUCUGCCUCUCCAAGGAGGACCUAGCGGAGGUGCUCGCCGAGUUCCCCAGCGCCCGGGCCAUGAUGGAGGCGAAGGGCCGCGAGCUCCUGCUGCGCAUGGGCAAGCUGGACGUGCACGCCGAGGCGGCAGCGGCGGCAGCGGCAGAGGAGGCCGAGUGCCGGACACAGGCACUGGAGACGGCCCUGGAGGGGCUGCAGACCCGGGCAGCCCGGCUGCUGGCCCAGCUGGAGUCCAGCGCCUUCAAGCUGGCCCUGCGCGUCGAGCGCCUCGAGUGCCGGCUCCGGCAGCGGCAGUCUGCAGGGGGAUCGGGUCCUGCUGGGGGACUGGGUCCCCCCAGGGCACAGGGUCCCAGUGGGGUGCAGGGUCCUACCAAGCCCCAGCAUCGUGCCCCGGAGCACCCGCAGGGAGCAGCCGUGGGCGCCGGCCCCGCCGCCACGGUGACGGCCGCCCGGUGA